GUCACAUUGCGUGCAGACCGUUUUCACGAAUCUUUUUAUUUUGCGAGGAAAAAGUGCAAGCCAUAAGUGACGGAAAAGGCUUUUGUGAACGCGACAGGUGUAACUGACUAACCGCGCAUCACCGAAAGUGCGUUACCAGCGAUCCGCAGCUACAUAACUGGCCGCGAGAGCAGAGCAUCCCCGGCCCUCACACAUACACACUGCCCCUGGCUGUGGCGAAAAGACGCUGUGCGUGUGUGUGUGCGUGUAGACAAUUGACUUGCGUGGUGCCGGGUUACAUAUAUUUUUAUUGAAUUUUUUCCCCGUCGAAGGAGCAAACAAAUGUGCCUGGCCUAGAGGGGAAAGAAUUUGGCGGCAGUGCACCGAUAUCCCCCUCCCUUAGCGAGAGAGACUCAGCGAAACGCAUCCAAGAUGAUGUUCACGGGCACCAACCAACAGCAGGACACUAGGUUCAGCGACAAGGAGAAAAAGCUGAUGAAGCAAAUGAAGUUCGGUGACUGCUUGAACAAGCGGGUGGACAUGUCCAAGGUGAAGCUGGACGUGCUGCGGCCGUGGAUCAGCAAGAAGAUCACCGAUAUCCUGCACAUCGAGGACGAUGUCGUGGUGGAGUUUGUCUACAACCAGCUGGAGGAGGAGAAGUACCCGUGCCCCAAGAAGAUGCAGAUUAACAUGACGGGCUUCCUCAACGGCCGCAAUGCUCGGCAGUUUAUGGGCGAGCUGUGGGCACUGCUGCUCUCCGCACAGGAAAGCGAUUCGGGCAUACCCGCAGAGUUUAUACAGCAGAAGAAGGAUGAGAUACUCAAGCGCGAGGAGGAGCAGCGUCAGAGGGACCGCUCCCGCUCUCGCUCUCGUUCCCGCUCUCGUUCACGAUCUCGUUCGCAGCGUGCUAGCUCUCGCCGGGAUCGGCAGCGUGACCGUUCGCCCAACGGCGGCGGCAAGUCCAAGUCCCGCUCACGUUCCCGUUCCACCAAGCCGUCUAAUAACGGUUCAGUGCCCAGUGCAGCCCGUGAAGCGGCGGCCAAUGCGGCAGCACGCAUCCGCAAGCGUGACUCCUCCACGACUGCACGCCCUGGCUCCAGGGAGCGACGAUCCAGCCGUAGGCCGCGUUCACGCUCUCCGCGCCACUCCCGCCAGAAGUCUCGGUCUGGAUCGAGAGGCUCUGUGAAGAAGACUGGCUCCGUGGAGCCCGCACCUGCCAAGACUGUAAAUGGCCGCCAUUCGUCGGACAAGUCACCGGCGCCGCCACCUGCCAAGGGCAAGGCCAAGUCGCGUUCACGAUCACGAUCUCGAUCCCGAUCAUCUCGCAGCCGCUCACGCUCGGGCAGCCCCAAGCGUUCCCGCUCACGUAGCUCCUCGCGUCGCAGCCGCCGCCGAGGACGCUCUAGCAGCAUCUCCUUGUCACCAGAGCGCAACCAGGAUCAGUUCGAGCAUCGUCGCAAGAAGAACAGUGUGCAGAACAAGCGGCAGUAUCGGAACAAUCGAGGUGACUCUGCCAGCUCUAUGGAGCGUGGCAAUGAUCGAGGCAGGCAAUUUGGCGGUGGAGGCAAUCGUCGAGGUGGCGGCAGACGCUUUUCACCGCGAGGACGCAGCCCGAUGCGUCAGGAUAAUGGUGGAGGUGGCGGAAACCGUUUCCAACGAUCCAAUUCUCGCCGUCGAUCCCGAUCCCGACGUCUAUCAAGGUCACCUAUGCGCUACUCGCGCUCACCAAGACGCUUCAACAACAACCGACGCCGCUCUCCCAUGAUGAACUUUAGAGGCGGGGGACGUGGUGGCAACCGUGGCGGUCAGCAUCGUCAGAUGUGGCAGCAUCGAGGCGGUUCACCCAACUUCCGCGGUGGUGGCCGAAUCCAUUGGCAGGCUAGGCAAAGUCCUGGCGGUGGUGGCCGUGGUGGCGGCGGAAUGGGCCGUUUCGAUAGACGCCAGUCUCCGCAGCAAAACCGCUUCAACCAACGCGACCACCGGCAGUCCCCCAUGCAGCAGGGCCACCAGCAGUUCCGUAAACAGUUCUCGCCACCCUCGGGUCCCGGACGUCGCUUCUCCUCGCCCCAACAAAGACGAAACUCACGUGAUCGUCGUCCCAACUCUAGGGAGAGGCGCAGUUCUCCAGGCGGUGGGCAUGUAAACCGCUGGGACAAUCCGCCACCGGCCAGGCCAAGACGCUCCUCAUCGGGCAGUUCGGUUGAACCUGCAGGUGGUCGCCCGCCUCAGCAGCGACAGCGCAGCCCGAGUCCGCAAGAGAGGCGCGGACGUAGCCGCAGUCGCAGCCACAGCCAUAGUCGUCAAAGAAGCCGCAGUCGUUCCAGUCCUCGACCCAGCCGCAAACGGGACAGUCCAAUCGGGCGCUCAUCGGUGGAAUUCGCUGGACCGGCUGUAAACACCAUCGAUCUCUGCCGCGAAGAGCAGCAGCGUAAAUCUAAGACAGAAGCAGUCAUUGUGGUGGAACCGUCUCCGGCUCCUGCCCCAGCUCCAGCUCCAGCUCCGGCUCCGGCUCCGGCUUUCGCCAGGCGCAACAGCUACGCCAGCCUGUCCCGCACGCCUUCUCCGUUCCUUAAGCCCCAUGAGCGCCUGGCUGCCAAGGCGGCACCAAAGAAAUCCCGCGACCAGAGCCAAAGCAGCAGCUCGGACAGCAGCGCGGACAGUGAUGACAGCGAAGAGCAGCAGCAGCCGCGGCGCAAGAAGCAAGCGCCGAUAGCUUCCGAAACUGCGGCCAAAGGCAAAGCGAAGGAGAAGGCGCGCCGCAGCUCGGACAGCUCUAGUAGCAGCGAUCAGAGCGACGACGAUGACAACUCCAGCGGUGAUGAGCGCCACAAGAAAAAGAAACAGCAAAUUCUAAAGGAAAAGGAGAAGGAGGCGGCUAUAGCCGCGGCAAUUCUAAAGGAGAAGGAGCGCGAGAGGGAAAAGGAUAAACGACGCUCAGACAAGAAAUCCAGGCGCGCUGCCACAUCCAGCGGUGAUGAGGAGUCCUUGGGAGGCAGCAGCAGCAACCGCAAACGCAGCCACAAGAAGCCGCGACGGGAUGAGGCCGGGGAGGACGGCAACAGUGACUCCGAGGACGAGGCAAUGGCAAAGAAGAAGCGCAAGAAGGCCAAGAAGGUGGCGGAAUCGAGCGAUAGCGAGUCCGAGGCCUCCUCAAAGCGAAAGCAUAAGCAUAAGAAACAUAAGAAGCACAGCAAGAAGAGCAAGAAGCAUAAGAAGCACAAGCGGAAGAGCAGUGCCGGCAAAUCGCGGGCGGACAGCAGCUCCCCGGGAAGUAGCGAAGAGGAGGAGCAGUCAACUGUCAAACGGAAUGGAACAGGCAAGCUGCCGCUACUGCUAGCGGGCGGAUCGGGGCCGGGGAUCAUUAAUGAGGACCUGGAGAAGCAGCUCCGGGAGCGGGCCCUCAAAUCGAUGAAAAAGCUGGACUGAAUGACAGACUAAGUGCGAGAAAAAUGGCCCUGCCCUCUCCACGCCACACACUCUCAGCCACACACUGACAUGAAGACACAUCCGCUCAUGCCACACACACAGCACCUUCCCUCCCCAUACUCACACACAGACAGACGUACGUAGCCAUUAAAAUAGAAUUAUACAUUUAAAGCAAAAACUAUACAUUCAUUAACUGCAUACAUUGUAAUUCUUAAAAAUGUAUUUCACAUAAAAUUAAGUUCUUUCGCCUAAACGAGAAAAAGUAGCAACUAAACUAGCGAGCGAAUGACUACAGUUUGUAUUAUGUACAAAAACAAAAAGCAAACAACAAUUGAAGGGAAAACCAAUUAACCAUUUAUAACUAUUUAGCCCCAAGAGUGGUUUUAAAUGCAUUAAAUUCACACACACAUACAUAGGCAAGCGUAAAUCCGUUUGGCAAAUUGUAUUGUUGCCGCAG